CGGCAUGACUUUGCAGCGAUGGACACCAGCUUUCUGCUUGUUACUAGCCUCAGUUUUUGGGAAGGGAGGAACUGUGACAAGUGAAAUUCAAAAAUACACUUGCAGGACAUUCGGCAGCGGUGUCCUCGAGCCUUUCAUUGGAUCAGGUUUUUAUGUGCGGUCCGAUUGCCCCUUCACUCUCACACGCUUCACCCACAACCGGGUGGAAUGUGACAUCACCAUACAACGAGGGAACAGCGGGCUGCUGGUCCAAGUGGAGAUCAUCGUCAACAAAGUCAGCACUGUUCUUCAGAAUGGAAUCAUCCUGGUGGAGAAGAAAAGUGUUUCACUUCCAUAUGACCACACCUAUCAGCAUAUUUUCCAGUAUGGCAUCUACACUAGACUAAGGAGCUCCUUGCUUCCUCUGUCUGUAACCUGGCACAGUGUACCUGGAGGAAUAGACACACUUUGGGUGGAGCUAGAGCAGGAGCUGAGCACUGACAUGACUGGACUGUGUGGAAAACACAAUGUAACGGGUAAUGAGCAGCAGCUGAUUACAGAGAGUGUGAUAGCUGACAGCACAUGCCAAAUUCAAGAUCCUGCCUUUGUUCCUAAUCCAACAUGCAAGCUAUUCUUCUCAUACACCUUGGAUUGUCUGCAGUCAAGUUGGCCUAAUUACUUCCAACUCUGUCAAAAGAACCUUUAUAACUACGAGAAAAGCAAAUACAUCGGCUGUGCUUUCUUCAAAGAGAUUGCUCUGCAUUGUGGGAAAAACAGUACUGUGUGGGACAACUGGAGAUCUCUAACCCAGUGUGCUUAUCCAGCUUGUCCUGGAGACCUCAUUUAUCAGGAACGGGGUAUUGCCUUUGUUCCUAGCUGCUCCAAACCAAACCCCCAAUUUUCCAGUCAGGAUAUUACCAGCUCCUGUGUCUGCCCAAAGGGAGAAGUGCUUAAUGAUCAAUCAGAUGGAUUCCACUGCAUAAAUCUGACCAGCUGCCCAUGUGUGUUCACUGGGAGGACCUAUUCAACUGGACAUAUACAUAACACCAAGUGUCAGUCAUGUUUAUGUGAGGGUGGGAAGUGGCGUUGCUCCAAAAACCUGUGUCCAACAAAAUGUAUAAUUGAAGGGCAGUUUGUGACAACAUUUGAUGGCAAGCAAUACACUGUCCCGGGUAAAUGUGCAUAUGCAGCAUUACAGGGCCUUAACUGGAUGGUGAUAAUUCAGUAUUCUGAAAAGGAUGCGUCAUUGAAAAAAGUUGUGCUUCAGCACUUCCAGGAAGUUUAUACAUUUACAAACAACAUGGUUACAUUUGGAGACCAAGAGAUUACUGAAUUUCAUAAGUCUGAUAACGCCCAGGUUUUCUGGCAGUCCUCCAUGUAUGUUCAAGUCAAGACAUCCUCUGACAUUAAGCUCCAAAUCCAGAUGUCUCCUGAAAUUCAGCUUUACAUCUCUGCUCCUGCAAAUCACAUGAUUACAGGUCUUUGUGGCAACAGUAACGGUGACAGCACAGACGACUUCAGCAGUAGCGGUGGGAUCGUCGAGAACUCAGCUGAGCCUUUUGCGUUGUCGUGGAGUCUGGGCACUUGUGCAGGGAACAUACCCAACACAUGCAUCAACACUCACAAUGAAAUAUUUGCUGAUGAAAAGUGCUCUAUAUUGAACAAGCCAACUGGGACAUUUUCUAAGUGCCAUGGUCAUUUGCCACCUGAUCAAUAUCACGCGGCUUGUAUCCAAAGAACCUGUAACUGUGGCAGCAAUAUAAACACGUGCUUGUGCGUUGCUCUAGACAACUAUGCCAAAGCUUGUGCGAGUCUUGGAGUUUUAGUUGGUGACUGGAGGAAAGCGACCAACUGUACUCUCAGUUGUCCAAAAAACCAAGAGUUCUUCUACGACAUUCGGGCUUGCAAUCGUACAUGCCGCUCCCUCUCUGGAACUGAUCCUUUCUGCAGCUUGAACGAUGGUCCCGUGGAGGGUUGUGGCUGCCCAGAAGGAACAUACCUGAAUCUAGAAAACACCUGCACUCUAAAAGCAGACUGUGUGUGCCAUCAUCAUGGCGGCAUAACGCUACCAGGUCCCACUGUCAUUGAAGGACGAGAAUGCCUCUGUGAGAAUGGCCAACUGACGUGUUCUAAGGAUUGCGGCUGCAAAAAUGGUACAGUUUGUGUGCACUGUUCAGAGAAUUUGGUUAACACUGCUCAGAAAACGUGCGACAGUCUCAACAAACCACUGGGUGCCAACAUGACAUGUGAGAGUGGCUGUUACUGCCCAGAUGAUAAAUAUGAAGAUCACCAUGGAAACUGUGUUUCUAGGGACAAUUGCACCUGCGUGUACAGUGGUAAAGUCUUCAGUGCAGGACAGCAUGUCAGAACCAGCUGUAAAAAAUGUGUCUGUGGUCAGGGUCAGUGGGACUGCAAAGAUGAACCAUGUCAAGGAACAUGCCAAGUUUAUGGAAACGGACAUUAUCAGACCUUUGACUCUAAAUGGUAUCGAUUUAGUGGACACUGCCAGUACACGCUAGUAGAGGAUUACUGUGGAAAUACAAGUGGCACAUUUUCUGUCAGAGCGGAAAGUAUACCCUGCUGUGAUGAGGUACUCACCUGCUCUCGAUCCAUUGUCUUGGACCUUCAGGGAAAAGUCAUCCUGACAUUAAGUGACAUGAAGGUGACCAAACAGCUACAACGAAACUCUACAAUGCAGGAACAUUCUCUUUACAGUAUUGACACUGUGGGACUUUAUAUCAUAGUGUCAGUGCCGAGCAGCGGGAUAACUCUCAUUUGGGACAAACACACACGGCUCACCAUAAAGCUGCAUGAAAACUGGAGGUACAAAGUUUGCGGCCUGUGUGGAAAUUUUGACUCCAAUGAAAUGAAUGACAUGCAGAUAAGUGGCUCUGCUGUGGCGUCCAGUCCAAUGGCCUUUGGCAACAGCUGGAAGGCAGCCACUCCUCCUUGUUCUGAUGUGACCACUGAUAUAUUUCCAUGUGAUCGCAACUCCUACUGCUCAUCCUGGGCCCAGCGGCGCUGUAUGAUUGUUAAAGGAGACACUUUCAAAGACUGUCACUUGAAAGUUGACCCAAAUCCUUACUACCAGGCCUGCCUUCUUGAGUCGUGCUCCUGUGAGUUUGAAGGGAAGUUCCUGGGGUUUUGCACAGCAGUGGCAGCUUAUGCAGAGGCCUGCAAUGAUCAAGAUGUCUGCAUUAAUUGGAGGACACCUGAUUUGUGUCCAAUUUACUGUGACUACUACAACAAGCCUGGUCAAACCAUUUGGCAUUAUGAAGCCUGUGGUAAGACCCAAACCUGUGGCAAAGAACACUAUUUCACUAACAAGCUAGAAGGCUGUUAUCCCAAAUGUCCAAAGGAGACACCAUACUAUGAUGAAAAUACAGAAGAAUGCACAACACUGAGGAAAUGCUCUUGCUAUUUCAAUGACACUAUGGUUCAACCUGGAGAAAUAGUCAUGAUAAACUCUUUUGAGUGCCCCUGUGAAAAUGGAACACUUACUUGUCGGUAUCUAGCACCUGUACCCACAUCUAUAUCUGCCAGCUUGAGAACAAGUACUCCCAAAACUGUUUCAACUACCAGUGAAACAACUGUAGUUGUUACUUCUACUACCCUGAGGACAAUCAGUGUAGAUAUCUCAGCUACCAGUGAAUUGUGGUCAACAAUGCUCAACACCACCUCUGCACCACCAACACCAGCUACUUCAGCUUUGACUGAAACAUGGUCAAAAGUGGACACAAACAAGUCAAUAAUAACACCUACAGUGCCCCCAACUACCACUCACACAUGGUCAAAAACACCCCACACACUUCGUACAACUGCUUCAUUAACAAGUGUAAUAUUGACAAUGAUGCCCACCACUAACACCUCUUCAAUAACCAGGUCAUCAACAUCUACCACUACCUCCUUACUGACACCUACAGCUACUUCAGCUACUACUAAAACAUGGUCACUAAACCCAAACACCACCUUAUUUUCCAGUGGAAUACUGUCAACAACACUUGUUACGACCUCUACACCAACAACUGGAGACAUGUCAAGUAUCACUGAAACCUGGUCAACAAAACCAAAUACCAAAUCUACAUCAGCAUCUACAGAUUCUUCAUUUAAGACUGACGCCUAUGCAUCAAUGCCCACAACUACUUUCCCACAACUACUGAUUACUCCUGCUUCUUCAAGUACUGACAAAAGUGUUGAAACUAUAUCCAUCACCUCCUCUGCAGCAGUAACUAUAGCUGCCUCAGCUAUCACUGAACAAUUAUCAACUUCUACCACUUCCACUUUGUCAACACCUACAGUUGCUUCAGGUGUUAGUACACAGUCACUAAAUUCAAACAGCCCCUCUAAACCAACCACUGAAACAACAUCACCAGUGCACAGUAUAACCUCUAUAGCACCUUUUACAGGCACUUUAACUCCUGCAGAAAUUGUGUCAAAUGUGUCCAUCACUACCUCUAAUCAAAACACUUCAGCUGUUUCACCAACCACUGAAACCUGGUCAACAACAGCCACCAACACAAGUAUUUCAUCUGCUACUGAAACAUAUGCCUCAAUGCCUACCAAUUUUUCACAACCUAGUACAGCUACUUUGUCUACCUCUGCACAAGCUUGGUCAGAAAUUCCUACUACAAUCUCUGUACCAAUGACAACUAUGACCAAUGUCUCAACAAUCACUGAAAAUUGGUCAAGUGCCCCACUAACCUCAGAAAGCCCUGAAGAAACAAACACAACAGCCAGUGCCAGCAUACUCACCACAACAUCUACUAAUAUAAUGAGGACACCACAAAUACAAAACUCCACAUCCCAGGUGUGUGAGUGUAAAGAGCUGAACAAGACAAAAAUCUGGGCUUGUGGUGAGAUGUGGACUGAUGAUUGCUUGAACAAGAACUGCAUAAAUGGGAAGAUUGUAUUGACACCUUUGGUAUGUCCAGAGGCAACAGUUCCCCAGUGUCCCAGAGGUCGGGUCACAAAAGUCUCAGAUGGAUGCUGUGAAACAUGGAAAUGUGACUGUCAAUGUGACUUGUCCGGACAGAGCCACUACAUUUCUUUCCAAGGAGUAACUUUUAAUUUCCUCAAUCAAUGCACCUACGUCUUGGUGGAGGAGCGUACACCACGUCAUAAUCUAACCAUUGCAGUAGACAACUUUAAUUGUGUACCUGGCCUCCAAGAGUCUUGUGCUAAAGACAUCAUCCUGAGAUAUCAGAGCAAUGUAGCUAAACUCAGUAUUGUCCCGCAUUUGUCUGAAGUACAGGCGACUCUGAACAAUGUGAUCAUACAACCACCAUAUGAAGAGCAUGGGUUGAGAUUUCAGACCGUCAAACACAAAGUUAUCAUCCAGCUUCCGGAUAUCCGCUCUUAUAUUUCCCUCACCCCGUAUUACAACCUACUGAUCAGUCUGGCUAUGGAAAAUUUCUACAACAACACCGAGGGACAAUGUGGUGUGUGUGGUGGUGCAUCGUGUAUUCGUAAAAGAGGGCAGAUUGAGGAUGACAGCUGUUGUGAUAAGACAGCCUUUGACUGGGUGUAUCCAGAUCCUCAGAAGCCAGCCUGUUUUUCUGCACCAAACAAUGUAUCCUGUCAUGCUGAGCAAGCUUCACUAAUCAGUAAAAUAAUCACUACCUGUCUUCCAAGUCCGCUGUGUGCGCUUCUAGACAACGUAGUCUUUGCAAAUUGCAGCAAGUAUGUGAAUCUAACUCUUCAAAAGACGAAUUGUAAGUUUGAUUCGUGCUCUAACCCAAAUGCUUCUUGUGCUGCUGUGGAGCAAGCUGCAGAAGAGUGUAGAAAUGCUGGUUUCUGUGUUGACUGGAGAAAACUAACCAAUGGAACCUGUGAUGUGGCAUGUCCAGGUGGACUGGUUUAUAGAGAAUGUUAUGAGAAGACGGACGACUUCUGCUAUGCAGGACUGCGAUAUCCAGGAGACUCGCUUAAAAAGAACACAGCAGGUUGUUUCUGUCCCAGCAACUUGCUCAGAGCAGGAAAUCACUCAAACAUCUGUGUGGCUGACUGUUCCUUUUGCAAAGGGCCAACCGGAGAGCCUAAACUACCCGGUGAAGUGUGGCGGUCCAAUUGUUACCUUUGUACAUGUAACAACCAGACACAUACUGAGGAGUGUUUUCGUAAACCUCCUGAACCAGCUCCUGUCUGUGGACCCAAUGCUGUUUUGGUAAACAGAACUUGCUGUGGUGAUCAGAUUUGUGGUAAGAACUGGGUGCUGGUGUUAAAUGGUGACUUGAUGUUGCAGCAGGAGCGCAAAUGCUGCGUGGAGCAGAAUUCGGAGAAGAAAUCGAUGACCCUGCACUGCUCUGACCUGACUACCAGACAAUACGCUUACAAGCACAUCACCAGCUGUGUGUGUGAAUCUUGCAGCAGGAUCUGA